AUGAUACGAGAAAAGCAUGACCGAGGAGCACACUACGCCCUGCCUUGGCCCGAGGAGUUUGAGGAUGUUGCAAAGGUAGAGGGAAGCCCACCUCGCUUCAUCCAGGUAGAUGUAGCCAUCUCUCCUUCUCUUCAAGCAUUCCAGUGGGUGUUGUUCAAGCACGCUCACGGGGAUCUCUGGAACAUUCUCGGCUCCAUGAUUCGCUAUUUUGGCCUCGCCAUUGACGAGACCGCUCUCUCAAUUCGGGUUCCUGAGGUUGAGGAGAUGAAUCGCAAUCUCGCAAAGAUCAAGAUCUCGGAAGACCCUAUGGUAGUACUGAGCGUUCUCGGCUUGGAGGUUGAUGGUUACUGGGAGGAGCCGUUUAACUCGCUGGACGAUUUGUACGAGUACGCCGCAACCUGCCCCUUAUUUUGGGUUCGUCCUCUCCCCUCCGAGGCUACGGAUGACAAGCAGGACGAGAAUGCGCCUGGGCCCUCCUCCGCUGUCCAACAGGCCAUCGCCGAAGACCGUAAACGACUCAAGGCCAACGACCGGCGCCGUAUGAACACACGGCCAUGUUAUCGCGGCUGGAUCGAGGAUUUUAUUCCGCGGUGCCGGGCUGAGGGAAGGUUCCUCGAGAAGAGGUAUACUCGAGACGCAGUCAAGGCUGGCGUCUUCGCCCGGUUCCCCGUCGAAGCAGAAUAUAACCAGAGACGCAGGGAUUACCUGAUAGAACGCCAAAGGCUAGAUAUCUGGAACAAGCUUAUCAAGGGCUACUUCCAGGCCCUUCCAGGUUAUGAGGACAUGAAUACCACUUACAGAGGGUGCAUGCUAAAGGGGCUCAAGCGGAUCAUCCUCGAAGACGACACUUCGUACGGCAUCGUACCCGGAAAGCCCUUCAGGGAUGAGGAAGGCUUUUUCGAUAUGGAUUGGAUCCGUGAGUUCGUCCAGACGCAGAACGAAAUUGUCGGUGAUGCAGCUAUGGCUCGGAAUAAUGCCAAAUACGACAAGCUUCUGGAGGAGAAGAAGAGAAAGCGAGAGCUUGGGGAUAACCCGCAGGGCGUGGAUGCUAGCAACUAA